AUGGCAGACACAAGUCCAGAAUCUCCCCAACCGGCCGAGGUCGACAAGUCGGCUUCCUCCAAGCGCAAGGCCGAGGUCGAGGAAAUCGAGGUCGACGUAAACGCCCCGGAACCGCCGUCAAAACGAGCGCGACGAGCCCUCAAGAAGGGAAAGCCCCUGCCAGCCAAGCCCUCGAGCGACGAUGAGAAGGAUGAUCAAGAUGGUGAGAAGGAAGGCAAGGAUAAAGCACGGUCUGAGCAUGGUGUCUGGAUUGGCAACCUGCCGUUCAGGCUGACAGCCGCAGAGCUGCGCACUUGGCUGAUAGACAAUGCUGGAGGCGUCAUCACGGAAGAGGCGAUUACAAGAGUGAAGCUGCCUACGGUCAAGGACGCCACCCGGCCCAAGGGCGAGAAGCCUGCGAACAAGGGAUUUGCCUACGUCGACUUUGCAGACAUUGGCGGCAAGGUCGCUGCCAUUGCCCUCUCGGAGACAGACCUCAAUGGACGCAAGCUGCUCAUCAAGGACGCCAAGUCAUUCGAAGGUCGCCCGGCUAAGGAGAAGGAACCCGAAGAGGCAGCCGGGAAAUCCGAUGCGGCAUCCUCCAAGAACAAGACGGAGCAGCGCCAAGAGACCAACGCCAGCCGCAAGGUGUUUGUGGGCAACCUGAGCUUCAAGGUCACCGAGGAGGACCUGAUGCGAAACUUUGAAAAGUGCGGAGAGAUUGAGUGGGCCAAGCUGGCCACAUUCGAGGACUCGGGCAAAUGCAAGGGCUACGGCUGGGUCAAGUUCAAGGAGCCCGAAGCUGCCGCCUGGGCCGUCAAGGGCUUUGUCAAGAUCAAGGAGGCGGUGGAGACCGAAGAGGAUUUCCGGGACGACAAGAGCGACGAUGAGGCCGAAGACGGAGAGAAGCAGGCGCAGAAGCAGUUCAAGACAAGAAAGUGGUGGGUGAACCGCAUGCUGGGCCGCGAGCUCAAGCUUGAGCUGGCCGAGGACGACCAGGUGCGAUACAAGAAGCGGUUCGGCAAGGACAAGAAGGCCGACGACACAUCGAGACCUCCCAGGAGGAGCAGGGCGGACGACAGGGACAACAGCAGGGGAAGCAGACCGGAGGCGGCGCCGUCAAAGGGUGCUCCGGACAUUGCUGUCGCUCGUCUCACGGGAGGCUUGGUUGAGCAUACCGGAACCAAGGUUACAUUCGACUAG